UCGGCGGGUGAUUUUGUCUUGACCUUAUAGAUAACUCCUAACUGGAGAGUCCAGGGUGUUGGAAGGAUCAGCACGACACUGAGCAUCAGCAAUGGCAAGCGCAAGUGUUGGUAAAGAACUGACGCUGUAUUCGUAUUGGAGGAGCUCUUGUUCCCACCGAGUCCGAAUCGCUCUCAACCUCAAAGGGCUUAAAUACGAAUACAAGCCCGUCAAUCUGCUCAAGGGAGAACAAUCUCGCCCUGAGUUUCUCCAGCUCAAUCCUGUUGGUUGUGUCCCCGUUCUAGUGGAUGACCACGUUGUUCUCUAUGACUCUUUCGCCAUUAUUAUGUAUUUGGAAGAUAAGUAUCCUCACAAUCCUUUGCUCCCUCAUGAUAUUUAUAAGAGAGCAAUCAAUUUCCAGGCUGCUAGUGUUGUUUCCUCAACAAUACAACCUCUUCAUAACUUGAGUUUACUGAACUACAUUGGGGAGAAAGUUGGCCCUGAUGAAAAACUUCCUUGGGCCCAAAGUAUAAUUAGAAGAGGCUUUAAAGCACUGGAAAAGCUAUUGAAAGACCACACAGGAAGAUAUGCAACUGGAGAUGAAGUUUUCCUGGCAGAUAUAUUUUUAGCACCUCAGUUACAUGCAGCAUUUAAGAGAUUCAACAUUCACAUGAACGAGUUCCCUAUUCUAGCAAGAUUGCAUGAGACAUAUAAUGAGAUCCCUGCAUUCCAGGAGGCUCUGCCAGAGAACCAGCCUGAUGCAGUACACUAGUUGAACCAAUAAUUUGGGACAGUUUUUAAUUUUCAACUCUAUUAUUGAUCCCACCCCAGAAAUAUGAGUUGAUAUUAAGUUGGAGAAAUUGCAGCAGGAGCUACUUAUUCAGCAUCCGGAUGAAUUCGUUGUUAAAGUAUUAAAAUAUGAUACUCAAUAUAGCAAUAAGGUUGCCACAUGCAAUAUUUAUUGCACACAUCAUGUACAAUUGAAAAAAAAAAAAAUUGGUUUCGGGUGUAUGUCUAUAAAGCCUCAUGUUUAUUUUCCAUUUCAUAUUCUUCCCAGAAUCCCGGUCAAUGUAGCUUGAUGGAUGAUUCUUAAUGGUGUUUAUGGUUGAAUUGGUGUUUCAAAAAGUUCAUUUGAGUUUAUGAUGAUGAUUUUUGUAACA